UCAAUUUACUGGGUGGUGUCGACAUCAAAGAUCGGGACUCUUAUUUUGAAGUUACACUCGCUCAGCCAAUCAGAUUUCAACUUUAUGUAACAGGAAGCGAUGUUAUGAAAACAAACGCACUGCACACACCCUGAGAAACAGUACCAAACUGAAUUUACAGAGACUGUUUUGAACACUUACACCAUGCUGAAAGCUGUGGGACAAGCUCUGUUCUCAACUGGACUGCAGAAUCCUAAAUACACAGCAGAUGAGAAAAAGGGACAAGACUAUGAGAUUCGCACCUACCAUGACACUAAGUGGGUGAGCACCACUCUGAGUGGGAUGCAGUGCGACGCAGCCAUAAAUACUGGCUUCCGCAGGCUCUUCAACUACAUUCAAGGCAACAAUCACAACAAGGUGAAAGUGGAGAUGACGGCCCCCGUGACCUGCCGCGUGGACCCUGGAGCUGGCCCUGCAUGUGAAUCUCAGUUCACUGUAUCCUUCUACAUCCCAGAGGAGCAUCAGGACAAUCCACCGGAGCCGAGCGACCCGGAGGUGUUUGUGGAGCACAGGAAAGAGUUCACAGCUUAUGUCAGGACAUAUGGUGGUUUCUCCAAUGAGAAUUUGAAGCGCGAAGAGCUCCUGAAACUUCUGGAGAGCCUGCAGAGAGACGGAGUCCAAUACGUCGACAAACCGUUCUACACAGCUGGAUAUGACAGUCCCUUCAAACUGACCAACCGCAGGAACGAGGUCUGGGUCCUGAAGAAGGAGCAGGAGCAGGAGUAGAAGGUUUAAAGGUCACGCAACACUCUGCCCUCUAUAACUGUAAAAUAGUCACAUUUAGGAAGGAAAAGUUUUACAUGAUCUUUUUAUAACACUUGAUACAUUUCAGACAGUUUGACAGCAUUAAUCAAUGUCCAAAGAGAAACAAAUAAUUACUAUUAUAGAAGUAUGGUGAAUAAAAUGGAAGUUUUCUGCUUUAUUUCCUUUGACUAAAAGUUACUGAAUUAUAGUCUCUAUUAUAGUCUGAAAGUCUUGAUAAAGAGACCUAAAAAAUUAUUACAAGAGCUCUAAGAAGCCAUCAUUAACAAAUGAACCUAGAGGAAAAACUGGAUACAGUGGGACCAUAUUUCCAGCAGGUGGAGCCAAGUAGUCAGGAAACCUUUCUUUCAUUUGGUGCAUCUUGUUAUCAACAAUAUGACAAUUUAAAAAUCAAUAAGAAUAAACCCAUACACACUAUUCAACAACAACAGGAAAAAGUCAGAGUCUGUAGGAAAGAAUGAAAGGGUUUCCAGAGAUUUCAGAAUUUAGUUUCUAGUUUGUUGGUUAAAGUCCAGAGGGAGAAGAGACGAUAUCUGCGAAGUGGACCACCACAGCAAGAUACACUUUUUAUUAACAGAGAUUUGGUGUCCGUAUCAAAAAGAUUUUCCAAAGUGUGGUUAACAGGUAGACCGUGUAAACACGGUGUAAACCGUGUGCUGGUAACCUCCUGGAUCACAGAAUUAACUUCUUUCCAGAAUGUCUGGAUGCACUCACAUGACCAAAACAAGUGGAUAAACAUACCUUUGUGCGUUUUUACAUUUAUAACAGAGGUUUGAGCUGUUUGCUGGAGGUGAAUGGGUGUGAAGUGGGUGGGUCUCUGGAAAAGGUACUUAUUGCCACUAUUUUUUUUUUUAAAUGACUUGUUGAAAGUACACUAAUUUCCAGCUUUUGUUUGAGCAAAUUGCUAAUUGCUUACAUUGUUUUAAUUGUUCCACCUGUCCAUACUGGCUGCAAAGAGCUCACGUCCUAAUUUGAUUUCAACUUAAAUGAUGGGGGACAAAAUCCACAGUUCUUAUUCUGUGUACGGACAGGAGGAAUGAUUACAGCAACAAGUAACGCUUUUAAUGUACAAAUGGGCAUGCUAGUAUUGUUUUAAAAUAAACUUGAAAAAAUGUGAACCUGUCCUUUAACUUUGUAGGUCACCUGAUGGCAGGUUUCUCUCCUCCUGUCAGUGGUCGUGCUGUGAAGGUGACUCUGCCUGUCUGACAAAAUGUUGGUAAAUCUCAGUUUGCCUGAUCUCAGACCUGACUAACCGUCACUGCCAUCACGCUCGUUAUGAUGAGCGACUGAGUCAUAGCAAAUCCAGACCAGUUGUACCUGCAUUGCUCAAGUCUCUGCAAGAAAACCUGAUGAAUUAAUGAGCGUGUAGUUUCCUGCCUGUGUGGUUCAAGCUCAGAUCUACCAGCAUUUCUGGUGCUUGUUGCGUGUAAGAUGUUGGCAAAGAGUGACACUUACGAGCUAACAUAAACAUUGUGCCUUUUUUAAUGAGUUUACCUCCUCUUAUACAUUAAAUCAUAUUAAUACUCAUAUUUAUAGCUCAUGAUAUACUAAAAAUUGUGUGUUUUUAAUCCUGAAGAAGGGAUACUACAUGGGAAUGAUGACAUAACCACUGCACUGAUAUAUAAAUCAUGGGUGAUAUUAAUUUGCCUUUAAAUGAUGUUUAAGAAUGUAAAAUAUAUUAUUAAUAAUAAAUAUAACUCAGCAUCAAA